UUAGUCUUCCCUUCUUCUCAUCUUCUCUUUCUCCUCAAUUUCUACAUAUACAGUAAUACAGAUGUAUAUAUAUACUGCACCUUAUGUGAGAAACUGAGAAAGGAAGGAAGAAACUAGAGAGAAGAAGUAGAAAUGGGUUGUGCCAAUCUGUUCUUCACUGUGGUGAUAGUCUUCUCAACAGCACUAAUCACCUACAACAUCCUCAUCUCAGUCAAUGCCUCUCUCAACCACGAUUUCCCAAGCCCUUCAAACCCCUCUUCUUCAAGUUUGGGAUUCAGGAAAAAUCUCCCCAAUUCCAAGGACCCGGUCAUCAAAAUGCCGGUGGAGAGGGCGGCCAAGAAGAAGAGGCUGUUCCACACCGCAGUCACUGCUUCUGACUCGGUCUACAACACCUGGCAGUGUAGAAUCAUGUAUUACUGGUUCAAGAAGUUCAAGGAUGGGCCGAAUUCGGAGAUGGGGGGUUUCACGAGGAUCUUGCACUCUGGCAAGCCGGAUAGGUUCAUGGAUGAGAUACCUACUUUUGUUGCUCAGCCGCUCCCUUCUGGGAUGGAUCAGGGUUACAUAGUCCUUAACAGACCUUGGGCAUUUGUACAAUGGCUUCAACAAGCAAAUAUUGAAGAAGAGUACGUACUAAUGGCAGAGCCAGAUCAUGUUAUUGUCAAGCCCAUACCGAACUUAUCUAAGAAUGGCCUUGGAGCUGCAUUCCCUUUCUUUUACAUUGAACCGAAAAAGUUUGAGACUGUUCUUAGGAAGUUCUUCCCAGAGGAGAAGGGGCCAAUAACUGACAUUGAUCCAAUUGGAAAUUCUCCUGUCAUUGUUGAGAAGGAACUUCUGAAAAAGAUAGCUCCAACAUGGAUGAAUGUUUCUUUGGCAAUGAAGAAGGACCCUGAAGCGGAUAAAGCUUUUGGCUGGGUACUUGAGAUGUAUGCAUACGCUGUUUCAUCUGCAUUGCAUAAUGUUGGCAACAUCUUAUACAAAGAAUUCAUGAUUCAGCCUCCUUUUGAUACAGAAAUUGGCAAGUCAUACAUAAUUCAUUACACUUACGGAUGUGAUUAUGAUAUGAAGGGGAAGUCAACUUAUGGAAAAAUUGGAGAAUGGAGAUUUGACAAGAGAUCAUACGGUAAUAUAUGGCCUCCAAGAAACCUUACAAUGCCACCACCUGGUGUUCCAGAGAGUGUGGUUACAUUGGUGAAGAUGGUAAAUGAAGCCACUGCUAACAUUCCCAACUGGGGUUCCUAGGAACCAUUAUUGUCAACGCUACUCUCUAGUCUCUACACUAUCAGAAGGUAUAGACAUAUAGUUGUGUACAUUGGCAAUUUAGUGUCUGACACAAAGCUCAUUCUCAUUCACCAUCACAGAGGACCAGAAAAUCUUGAACUUCCAGUACCAAGCUGAUGUUCAAUCUUGUCCUUCCUGUAGUUUUCUCUGUACCAGACUGCAUAAUUUUCAUGUGCCCAGAUAUAUAUGCUUUGUUAUAGUAUACCGUCAUCUUGUUGAUAGUUGAAUGCAUCUUCUAUCUUUUUUAUAUUUUUCAUUUUUAUCCUUUAAUUGAAAUAUAGACACCCUUUCCAA